AAAUUGAAACAAAAGCAAAAAAUCCAAGAAUUUGCAGAGCUCUUGCUUCUUCUGUUGUCUCUCCCAUGCCUCAUUCUCCCAUCAGUUUCCAAUGAGCUAAUGAGUAUAGCUUUUUACCAUUGAAGUAAAAGGCACACCACACAAAUUCUUGAUUUGGGAUCACCUCCACGUCUACCACUGACAUAUGGAGACAACGAGCGAAAAUGAACCAGAAGUGGACAUCAAGGCAUCGGAAAUAGAAUAUGUUAGCUAUGGGGGUGAACAUCAUCUACCUCUUAUCAUGAACCUUGUUGAUGAAGAGCUUAGCGAGCCUUACUCGAUCUUCACUUACCGCUACUUUGUAUAUCUUUGGCCGCAACUGUCUUUUAUGGCUUUCCAUAAGGGGAAAUGCAUAGGGACGGUGGUCUGCAAGAUGGGAGAGCAUCGCGGUACUUUCAGAGGUUACAUUGCAAUGCUUGUGGUUCUUAAGCCUUACAGAGGCAAAGGAAUCGCUACAGAACUUGUCACAAGAUCUAUCAAAGUGAUGAUGGAAUCUGGAUGUGAAGAGGUGACUUUGGAAGCAGAAGUUACAAAUAAAGGAGCACUCGCUUUGUAUGGUCGUCUUGGAUUCAUUAGAGCAAAGAGACUCUUCCGUUAUUAUUUGAACGGUGUAGAUGCUUUCCGGCUGAAGCUAUUGUUUCCGCGCUCAGAACCACAACCCUAUGGUUCCAUGGCCGCUAUAGGCGAUGAGAACCAUGAGUAUAAUGAACACACACAUUGUGGAGAGAAUUCCCAUUGCCAACACAGCAUGUAAACUGAAUCUUCUGAUUAAAUAGGUAAACUGUGCUAUGUUGUUGCCAAAUGUCAAAGAGACCACAUUAGACAGCCUUUUACCCUGUUAUAAUGCCCAAUUUUGAUACAAAAUUUAUUUGUAGAAAUUAAGGUGUAGCCUGCUGGAAGGUUUAGUCAUCAAUCACUUGAUUUUAAGUGAUGCAUCUAUACUCCACAAUGCUUAAUGAGAUGCUUGCAGCAGGAAAUUUUAGACAACACAUUGUAUUCAUGAGACAUGAUUACAUUCAAGCUGGACUCCUAGUCGGGAGAAAGCUACCCUUACCCGACAUUUGUAUGAAAUCAAUAAAUGCAUGACAUGUGUUUUCUUCCUCCUAGUCCGAAAGGGAGAAGACCGUAUUGCUUUGAA